GGUAAUAGCCAAACACUUGGAGACUCGGCAGCACAACACUGUCAACUUUACCGAAACAAAGACAACACGAAUGGGCCGAGUCGGUUCGUCUGGUCGAAGCGCAGGAAUCCAAACUUAGCAGGUUUGCAAAAGUUAGUCUCUGAGUGGAGGUAAAAAUCACCUGAACGCUCGAAAUCCGCCUUUCCUCCUCCGCUUUGAAGCGCUCGGCUCGAAGUUUUCUCCCCGAGACUUCCGCGGUUUGCUCGCCGAACAAGUUAUCCGGGAUAAAACUCGACCACAACUGUUUCCUCUUAUGCGGUCCCGGGCGUUCUGAGCCAUGCCUGGCCAGAGCACAGGGGCUCCCCAGACGUCCCGCCACCACAAGCACCACGGCUCCAGCUCCAGAGCGGAAAAGUACCGACAAACCCGGACGAUAUCCAGGGACAGCACAGCCAGCCAGGACUCCUUCAAGGACCCUCAUGGGGAGCAUCUCCGAGAGCACCACGCCGACCACUCCCGCUACUCAGACAGCAAAUACAGUCGCAGCAGAGCCCACCCAAGGAACGGAAGGGGCUCAGAUACUAUAGGAUUUAUCCCCGGGUCUGCAGACAAUGCGCCCCCCAGCAGACAUGCCUGCGGCUCCUGCGCCUCCAUGGGCUGGGGCGGCUGCAAGGCCCUCAUCUGCUGCGUACUCACCUGCGGGUUUUACGGCAGCCGAGAGCCCUGCCUGCCUGUGAACGAAAGCUCCACAGACCAUCCCCCUAAAGCAGCCACCGAGCCUCACCCUCCCAACGGCAUGGCUGUGCUCAACCCCACCUGCGGCAUCCCCCUGGAGUCCAACAAGCCCCCCAAGGCCUCCAAGCUGCCCACCAGCGACAGCUUCCGCUACCAGGACGUGCGCAUCGGAGGUCAGACGGUCAGGUACCCGUUGCCCGCCUCCAAACGCACCCGCACGCCCGGCAAAGGUGAAAGCCAGCGGCCGGUGAGCAACACCAGCCUGCUGUCCCGCGAGGACUACGACCUGGACGACCUGAGCGACACGGGCACGGACAUUGACUCGCUCAUCACCAAGAAGCUGCUGGAGCUGUAUGCCCUGCACCAGAUCGACCAGCUGGCCAAGUGCACCUCGGACUCGUCAUUCUCCCGCAAGACCAACGAGAUCAGCGAGCUCAUCUACAACAUCGCCCAGGACUACAACCUGGAGGAGCAGGAGGCCGAGUGCAAGCUGGUGCACGGCGUCAUCCGCAUCAGCACCCGCAAGGGCAAGAGGAACAAGAGCCACCAGUCGACGGGGCAGCGGCCCAACGGCAGGAGCGACGGGACACUGCCGGACAGCGGCAACGAGACCAUGACCUUCAUGAGCAGUGAUUUUCCAGAGGUGAAAGUGUCAGAGCAGACUCCAUCGGACGAGCUGGCCAGGAAAAUGAGACUCCACAGCGGGAGAACGUACUCCUCCAGCACCGCCACUGCCUACUCGGCCUACCACCACGACACCGAAACAGACUCUUCCGGUGCUCCUCUGCUCUCUCUCUAAAGGGCAAAACACAAACUAUUUACAAAGGAUGUCACCCAAUAGACGGAGGCCUUCAUCCUUCCUUCUGUUACUAAGCGGAGCACCUUUUUUUUCGUGGGGCGGUUGUACUUUGUGUCAUUUUAAUGCAAGGACCUUUUUUUUUUUAAAAGCUUUCCUGGAAAUUACCCACUGAGAAGAUUCUUCUUUCUCGCAGGGCUUAGAGUUGUAUAGGAAUUUGUGCACAGUGUUUUAAAGUUGUUUUCAGAAAAUGGAAAAAUUCGACACAGUAUCAGCAGCCGCCAGGAGGCCACAGGAUAGAGACUGAUGGUAGAAAUGCAACCGUUCUUGUCCUUGUUUAUGCAAGUCAUUGUGUGUGUGUUUGUGUGUGUGUUUGAGCUUACUGACUCCUGCCAUUUCUUCACACUUCCGUGAUGCAUGUUUUGACCUGAAAAUUGUUUUUGUUAAGCCAUAUGUUGAUGUAAAUAUUCUCAAGUCAAUGUUACUUUGUGGUUUUAUGAACCAUUUGCAGCCAUUUUUUUAUUGACUGGUCUUAUUUUUAACAAAAUAAAACUCUUCAUGCAUG